AUGGCGGAGAGGAGCAGGACGGCAGAGACGGGUCAGUGCCAGCCGCAGUCGCCUGGGCGGGGGGAGAAGGGGAAGAGCCCCCCUUCUCCAGGGGCUUCUGGCAGUAGUGCCAUAGGAAGUGAUGAUAUCAUAGCAGGGAAUGUGAGCAAGUACACUGUUCUGCCUGUUGGUUAUUGUGGACUGCCUAAAAAAGGACAUCUUAUAUUUGAUGCCUGUUUUGAAAGCGGUAACCUUGGACGGGUGGACCACAUCACAGAGUUCGAGUAUGACCUGUUCAUUAGACCAGAUACUUGUAACCCACGCUUUCGAGUUUGGUUCAACUUCACUGUUGAAAAUGUAAAAGAAUCACAGAGAGUAAUUUUCAAUGUUGUCAACUUCAGUAAAACAAAAAGCCUCUAUAGAGAUGGGAUGGCUCCAAUGGUGAAAUCCACAAGCAGACCAAAAUGGCAAAGAAUUCCCUCUAAGAAUGUAUAUUACUAUCGCUGCCCAGACCACAGGAAGAACUAUGUCAUGUCAUUUGCUUUUUGCUUUGACCGAGAGGAUGACACUUACCAAUUUGCUUACUGCUACCCCUACACCUAUACUCGCCUUCAGCACUAUCUCGACAACCUACAAAGGAGGAACAUGGACUACUUUCACAGAGAAUCGCUAGGACUCAGCGUGCAGAAACGGCAGCUUGACCUCCUGACAAUAACCAGCCCUGGGAACCUUCGUCCAGGGGCUGAACAGAAAGUGGUGUUCAUCACAGCACGGGUCCACCCUGGGGAAACACCAUCUUCCUUUGUGUGCCAAGGUAUAAUUGAUUUCCUUGUAAGCCAGCAUCCUAUUGCGAAGGUACUGAGAGACCACCUGGUCUUCAAGAUUGCACCCAUGCUCAAUCCUGAUGGAGUAUACCUAGGAAAUUAUAGGUGCUCCCUGAUGGGGUUUGAUUUAAACCGGCACUGGGCAAAUCCAUCUCCUUGGGCUCAUCCAACACUUCAUGGAGUGAAACAGCUCAUCAUUGAGAUGUACAACAAUCCGAAGAUUAACCUGGAGUUCUAUAUUGACAUCCAUGCCCACUCCACCAUGAUGAAUGGCUUCAUGUAUGGGAACAUCUUUGAAGACGAGGAGAGAUUUCAGCGACAGGCUGUUUUUCCCAAGCUACUCUGUCAGAAUGCAGAAGACUUCUCUUAUUCCAGUACAUCGUUCAACAGAGAUGCUGUGAAAGCAGGGACAGGUCGGCGCUUUCUUGGUGGGCUGCUGAAUGAUACAUCCUACUGCUACACUCUGGAAGUCUCAUUCUACAGCUACGUAUUGGGUGGACCUACUUCUGCUGUCCCUUACACAGAAGAAGCAUAUAUGAAGCUUGGAAGAAAUGUGGCCAGGACGUUCUUGGAUUACUACAGGCUGAACUCCUUGGUGGAGAGACCACUAACACCUACUCCUAAAGCUCGGAAGGAAAAACCACCGCUUUUUAAAGGUGCUACCCAGCGGGGCCAAGGGAACAGCCAUGCUGGAGGCAAGCCAGAGAAGAGGAGUCAGGCACAUCUGAAGGACCAGCCUCCCUCCAGGAGAUGAAUGAGAAGAGGAGGGCUGGUCUGUGGGGCAAGGUGGAGGAGCACAUUGCAGUAUGGAACUGAUGGUGUUUCUCUUUAUUUUUCCUUCCAGACAACUAUUUCUAAUGUAACAGCCCAAGGAAGAAAGAGGGAGAGGGAAAUUAGUGAAAUUCUGCUGUUGAUUCUUUUUUAUUUAUAGAUGGUAAAUCAAUUUCUUUUUUUUCUGUUUUUUUUUCUUUCCCUCAUCUAUGGGGCGAAAGAAAAAGAGUGACCCUAUAGAUUUACAGGAGUCAUUUGCAGUGGCUGGAAAGCUAUUUGUUAAAAUGAGAAAGCCUCCCCUUCCUCCACCAGCUCUCUCUUUAAAGGGGUAAUCCAUACGAUGAGCUAACAAGGGACUUCUGGCUCCCCUGCUGCACCAUGUGAUGCCUCCCCUUUUAGUGUCAGGCUCAGAAGCUCUUAUGCCAAUUGCAUGUGCUAGCCCUGUUAGCUUGCAUUAAGAGAGCCUGAUAAAUAGCUUCUGGGAGUCAGGCAGGCGCUCCUCGGUGUGCCGUUCAUCAUCUGCUGCAUGGUUAGGUUUUUUGCUCUUCCAUCAGAUCAUCUGAGGAAAAGGGUCAUAUGAGAGAUGUUAUUGUCAGGCUGCAGGCAUGAAACUUGCUGCAAGACCAGUCUAACAGGCAGGAACCAUGGCCCUCCAGCAAAAACUGGCUGGGGUCUAGAAAGAUGGGACUUCACAACAGAUGUACGGCUGAGGCAGAGUGAGCUAGGCUUAGUGCUGAAAGGGGUGAACAAAUAGUAUUAUGCUCGUACUGUAAGAAUCCCCCAGAAAACCUCACCACUUUCCCAUUACAUGUGAAAUGUCCGCAAAAAGCCAUUGUCACUAGGCAGUCUGGUCUCCUGUGGUGUGUGAUUAGCUGAAACAUCUGCCAGUGAUGUGGAAUUGAAGCAGGAGGCCAGUGGUUCUCAAACUGGAGAAAGGAAGAGGGUGAUUCUGAGGGGAGUCUGAGUGCCUCCAAUGGGAUAGAAGUGCUGCUUGGCAACCCAUCAGGAGCCUUGGGAAGCUUCAGUGUCUUCUGCUAGGAGCUGGGCUGCAGCAACAGCUUGGAGGAGAGAAGGUGCCAAGACCUAGUGAGCAGAGGAACCAGGCUGAAGGUGAAGAAAGCAGCUUAAAACAAAGCAGAAUGUGCUCCUCCUGGUGCUGUGUGGCCCUGAAGAAGCAGAUCCUCAAACACUGUUCUCUAGUAAAACAGCUGGGUUGGUUGCUCCUCUCUUUCCCAGGACCCAAGUGCUGACAGUCAGACUCAGCUGGCUCUUUGCAGUGGCCUGUGAGAAGAAUGCAUCCUGGAGAUAAAAUGUAUGAGAAAACCUGAGAACUAUAGGCUAAAACAGACCAUCUGGGGAAGCUAAAUUUACUGUCCCUCUGAAAGUAUCCCAGUUCUUCAGCAAUGGAGACUUGGCUGCAAAGCCUGAGCAUGACCAACAUUGAAUCAAGGUGUGACCCUAGGAAGAACUGAAAGCGCUUGGGUUGCUUUUACACAGCCAGAGAGCUAGCAGGCCCUCAUAUGGGCUCAUUUGUCUUUGAAUACAGUCCCAUAUCUAUAGAUGGAAGUGAGUUCUGCGUAAGGUCCUUAAGGUCCUUUCCAUUCCAGUGAACAGAAAGCAAGCAGGGCCAAGGCUGAGGUCUGUGAAGUGUCUCAGGACCUCACAUGCACCUCUGGAGCCCCAUCUUAACAGACCUGGGAGCUGCUGGCACGUUUUCCAUCCAGUUUACGUUACUGCAGGACAGAAAGAGUGAGCAGCUACAAGUCAGGACAAAAACCUAGAUUUCCAUGCCUCUGAAAAAGGGCAGGCUACUCAGGAUCUGACAAAACUUGAUGCGUCUGUGCAUUAGCCAAUCACUAGCUGGACUUUAAUUAGUUAGUUUCUCUCUGGUAAGGGUAACUUGGUUGAAAACAAGAGAUAUCCCACCGGAAGGAGAAUGAUCUAAAACACCAAGCACAACUCAUAUCAUCAGUAUUUCACGGUAAGGGGGGUAAACUGUGUAUGUUUUUAGGGAGAAUAAAAUGCUUUCAUAUGAUGAAUUCCAAAGCAUCCAAAAGGCACAGUGCUGGCUCUGCCUCCAAAAGCAGAGUAAUGAAUAGCAGUGACAGUGUGAUAAUUAAAAUGACCUCUUGCAGAUAUGGAUUAGAAGGUAUGCAGAGGGGGGACAAGUUCUCCUUUGAAUUAAUCUAGUGCUAAUUCAUUACUAUCGUUGGGUUUUAUAGGGUUUUAGGGGAAGACUUUCAAAGUUGGUUGACUGGGGUGAUAAUGUUCUGUCUGCAUAUUCAUUGGAAAAACACUUGCAGAAUUCCUCAUUAUCUCUUUUUGAAUGAUUCCAUAUGUACAUAUAAAUAUAAUGACAGUUUCAGGUGUUUGCUUAGCUGCUAAAGAGUCUGCCCUAGAAAUCUGAAUAAAGUGAUAAAAGCA